CAAACACAACAAUUUUUUAAUAUAAUAAACAAAAGAGGAAAGGAAGAAGAAAGAAAAAAAAAAAGAAAAGAAAAAUGGAUGUAGUGACCUUCGGCAUCAUAGUCGGGAUAAUCCUUCUCUUCUUACUGGCCGUUUGCUACAUCACUAUUCAAGGCACCUGCAAAUCCUCUUGAUUCUUCUUCAUCUCUCUCAAUUUCAAUCUUAACCUUCACCUAAUCCUCCGCCAUACCCGGAUUCUUCUUUAUUCUCUCCUCAAAAUGCCCAACUCCUGCUUUUUCCCCUUCAUUUUUGCUUCUGCUCUUGUCUUCUCCCUGUUUUUGGAUCUCAGCUUUGCUCAUGGUUCCCUUGGGCAUCAUCAGUGUACUCAUUCCCAUGGGCACCACCAGCACGCCCAUCAUCAUCACCAUGACGACGAUGUCUCUGUUACAUCCAAGCUGCUACCGGAGGAGCUGGCGGAGGAGGAGGAUAUGAGGCUUUAUGGAUUUGGACGACCCUAUGUCGAGCAUGAUCAUGAGAGUGUUGGAUCUUCCGACUUAUCUGGUUUGGGUCUUUGGAUUCGUGCAUUGGGCUGCUCAUUGUUGAUUAGCAUGGCAUCUCUUAUUUGCCUAAUACUCUUGCCAGUAAUUUUUGUUCGAGGAAAACCAUCCAAAGCUGUUGUUGAUUCCUUGGCUUUAUUUGGGGCAGGGGCUAUGUUAGGGGAUGCUUUCCUUCACCAGUUGCCUCAUGCAUUUGGUGGUGGCAAGCAUUCUCAUUCACACGCUGAUCAUCAUGGUCAUUCUCAUUCAGAAGACGAGCAUUCACAUUCACAUGCACAUACUUUGGAAGAUCUUUCUGUAGGAAUAUCUGUCCUUGCUGGAAUCGUGCUUUUUCUUCUGGUAGAGAAGAUAGUGAGGUAUGUAGAAGAUAAUUCUGAGGGAGGAAAUGAUUGGAGCCAUAGUCACCACCACCACCAUAAGAAUAAAAAAUUGAAGGAUGAUAGUGAUUCUCAUGACACCACUGAUAAAAAGGGCAGAGCUAAGUUGUUGGAUGGAGUGCCAAAUGAUUCAAAAGAAGAUCAGGGUACUCCACAGAAAUCCGUUCCUCGGAAGAGAAAUGCAAAUUCUUCCUCCAGAGAUGAUAAGGAAGAUCUAGUUGCUGCUAAUGGCCCCACUGCUGAUGUCAAUUCCUCACAAGAAUUUCCAGCUAAGACACCGUCAAACUUAGUGUUUGGUUAUCUCAAUCUAUUCUCUGAUGGCGUUCACAAUUUCACUGAUGGGAUGGCCUUAGGAAGUGCUUUCUUACUAUAUGGAUCUGUUGGUGGAUGGUCUAGAACUGUGUUUUUGCUUGCACAUGAACUCCCGCAAGAGAUUGGGGAUUUUGGUAUUUUGGUAAGAUCCGGUUUCAGUGUUGCCAAAGCUCUAUUCUUCAACUUCCUUUCUGCACUCGUGGCUCUUGCCGGAACUGCAAUUGCAUUGCUAAUGGGGACAGAUCCUGGACACUCAUCCUUGAUUGAGGGAUUUACGGCGGGUGGUUUCAUAUACAUCGCGGUUGCUGGAGUACUAGCCGAAAUGAAUAGUAGCAGCAAAUCAACUAUAAAAACAACUGUAUUUCAAUUAACUUCACUUGUACUCGGAAUGGCUGUCGCGCUUGGCAUUUCCCUCUUUGAAUGAAUCAGAGUGCAUUUAAGUAUGCUCUUUGAAUUCAUAUCUGUACUGGUUUCCCAUGUAUAAACACUGAUUAAACUAAAUAUGUUCAUAUUUGAUCCAUUUUUUGUGUUUUGUGGAUAGUUGAUCAACUAGUGUAAGAUUAGCAGAGAUGUCAAUUAAAAGGAUGCACGCAAUGAUCUUUUAGCUGGAGACUUACGGAUUCUAUGUUCCUUGGUAAGAUUUCUAUUUCUUGGCUUAGGGAGUUCUCAUGUUGUAUGCAUAGUGUAUGUUCAUUUUUAUUUGUCUGAGUCCUCAUGUUUUAUGCUGGGAUUAUUACGCUCUUUUAGAGCAUGAGGUCUCGUGUGAUAACAAUUUCAUUCUUUUUUA